AUCACAACACCCCUACUUCCGGUUUAACAUAAUUAUAGGACGAGAAGAAGAAAUCUCCCGCCCCAUCCGCUCUUCUGUUUUAAACCGCGGCGGGACUUUUCUGUCUGUUCACUUGGGCUGUGUUGAAGGUGCUCAAACAUCAUUACACUAAAAACACCACGACAAAAAUGGUGAGGACUAAAGCCGACAGUGUUCCUGCAACUUACAGAAAAGCUGUUGCAGCCGCUGCACCCCGGAAGUCUCUGGGGUCCAGUUCAGCGAACUCCGCCUCCUCUUCCAGCAGCCAGUCCUCUACACCUGGGAAGGGCAAAUAUGCUGGUGGUAACCCGGUGUGUCCCCGUCCCACCCCCACCUGGCAGAAGGGAAUCGGAGACUUUUUUGGUGGUCCCCCUAGGAAACCGGAGAAGGAGAACAAGAAACCUAUAGUGGAGGAUGGUGAAGAGGCCGGAGGCAGUGGGAUGUCAAAGUCAAGCAGAAAAUCCAGACCGCUGGCUAUCGAGGACGAGGAUGACGAUUGAGGAUCAGACUAAAUGAAUGAUUUUACUGAUGUUCAUUUUUAUCCUGUUAUUGCCUUUAAUGAUUUGAAUUUGCCUAGUUGCAUUUUGAUGUAAAUCUGUACAUAUAUUUUUACUAAUUCACUUUUUGUUAGACCAUUAAACUUUCUUAUGUUUUGUAA